AUGCCGCAACACAUCUUUUGUCCAGGCUUCCUGGCAUUGCUCCUUUGUCUCAUGAACUCUCCACUGGCUCAAGCCGUUUUCCACGGCUGUAUGCCAUUCCGUGACCCCGUGGCCUGCCCAGCGAAAACAUGGGCUCAAGAAUACGAUUGUCUCAUGAGGCAAAACUCCCUACCAUAUCUAAUGAAUUGCGUCAGCACCUUCCCUGGCGGGAGUGACAGCAAGCUGUGUCAAGACACCACCGACGACGUACCAAACAACGGGGACAGCAGAUACUGGAGCGUAAGGCCACCGAACGGAGCUCAGUGUAAUAGUGCUCGCCAAGUGUUGCUUGCGGGGAGUGAUUAUCCCCAAUGCCAGCGCUGCGCCAUGCGAGGGUUGAUCGAGGCCUGUCCACAGGACGACCCAAACUUUCUGAACUGCCUUUGCGAGUACAGCGUGCAAAGGAUUCACUUGGAGUGUCUAUCAUUUUGCUUCGGAGACGGGUCUAUGGGAGAUUUCUACUGCCCGCAUUGGACGAAUCGGCGUGAUGAAGCUUCUAGUCACGGUGCUGUCGAACCGCUGUUCAAAAGGUCGUCAGAGAGCGACGACUUUUUACUGCGAUGGGAUGAAUACAUUUCAAUCAACGCCGACGGGCGGCCUUGCUUCAUUAAUCGCGACACCGGAGGGUGCACGUUGGGUCCCUAUAUUUUGCCUCACUUUGAUUUACCCAAUGCCGUCGGUAAUUGGGACUACCGAUGCUUUGUGCAUCCAAAAAACGCGGAAAAACGAUGCUAUGCCUUGAAGUAUGACUUGUACGAGAGGUCAGCAAACGUCCCUAGAGACUAUGCAACAUUCACUUCGGAAAAGACCAUCGACCAACCCUAUUCGCGUUCCACUCGAAAUCCUGCCCAGUCGGGCUUGCCGUACCAGCUGGAGUUUUUUGAGACAGAUGUGGAGUCUAUGUCCAUUUCUACAGCGACACCAUGGGACGUCACGCAAGGGAGCACACGCAGCCUGAUACAGCCGACCGCUGUCACCGCGCCACAAGGUCAGACCUCCGCUGUUUCUCCUACAGAAAGACCCUCUUCUACCGGAUCUCGCAGGGUUACGGGUUGGUUGGUGGGCUGUCUAGAAGUGCCUACUGCUGUAAUGUCGGGAUUGACGACUGUAAUCAUGAUUACGCUGCUGUGA